UCUGUUUUAUAAACCCCACAACUUUGUUCUCUGCAAUUCGUACUACUUUUUAUUCUGCGCAAAUUCUCCUAACCAUUUAACUUUUGGUAUUAUUAGGUUAUCUUGAAUCCAUUUUUGAAAUGGAAACUCCAUCACAUACUUUUGCAGCUUCCAAAAAGAUUGAAGAUUCUGAAAAGAACGUGUCAAAAUCGAAGUCAUGGGGGAAACAAGAAGAUCAAUCUGCACUAAUAGACAUAACCAACGAUUCCCCAAUUGUGGGGCUUGCGAAUGGAGCAAUUGUUGAAACCCCGUUGGCGAUGAAAAGAGGAAGCAGAGUGAAGCACACGCCAGGGUCAGGGGAAGCCUUGCUGAGGGGUCAAGUGAAGACCCUUUUGCUGAAGGUGGAAGAAGAAGAGGUUGAGCUUUCCAAGUUCUCACUUGAAACCAUGCCACCGAAUAAGCCUCAAAUUCUUAAUCUUUAUGGUUUACCUUCCGUUAUCCCAUUGAUACCUCAGGUGGCGAAUCAUGUGUUUGAAGGAAAGAAUGAAGAGAAUUCUGAAUCUGAAAAGAGUCUUAUAAGCCGGUCCCUUUUACUGGACUUCUCGGACAAAUCUCAAAUUUCGAAUGCCUCAGAAGAAUGUUUCUCUGAGCUAAGUUAUGAGGGAGUUGGUAGCUGUAGCAUAGAGCAGUCCACAGAAGAUGAUGAUGCUUCUAUCUGGUCAACACAGGUCAGUGCAAGCACCCAUGAUGAAGAGGAUUAUAGUGAAGAAGAGAAAGAGUAUGAUGAAGGAGAGGUGUUGCUUGAUGAACUGUGUGAAGUGUUGAACAACAUUAGCAUGAAUGCAGGAAAGCACACAAGGUUUGUUUACAAUAAUGAUGAUGAGAUUGUGAAAGAAGAGGUGGAAGAGAACUUUGGUCACAGUGCUUCUUCACCUAACAUUUUGCGAUUGAAAGGGUUGCCAACACCAAAAGGGAAACACUUGCGCUUUUAUGAUGAAGAAAAAGGAGAAUCUGUUUUGUGAUUCAUGGUGGACUUUUUGGCAUGUUCGUGAAUGCUCCAAUAAAUGUCAUUUAAAGGAGGGAAUCACUUAUUCUGGUUCUUGUUUCUUUUGGUCUCCAUGGAGUUCAAAUCAAUAGAUUCUUUGGAUUUUUCUUUUGUUA